GUUAUCAUCAGUAUUAUUAUUAUUAUCAUCAUCAUCAUCAUCAUCAUCAUCAUCAUCAUCAUAUCGUCGCCGCCGCCGCGACUGUUAACAAGUCACCCUUAACAUAUUCAUUCGCCUUUUCUUCGUUGAGGGCCCCAAGGUUAUAUCCCUCAAAAUUCCUCUUUGCUGCUACUUUCUGCUUGAGACAUGGUACGGUAGUAUAAUCUUGCGCAUCUCAGCAUGCUGCUACUCGUUGAUUUAAUCUCGUCUAUGCGCAUCCCACACACCUCAGCUCCUCCAUUGCUGCCAUCAUGGCUGAUCCCCAGCCGCUCAUGUCCACCGUCAACGGCAAGUCCGGCGCCAUCUCUUCUCAGCUUGCCACGACCCUUGGCACCUCACCAUUGAAGUGCUGUUGUGGCUCUCUCGAGUGCGUGUUUCUGAGACACAAUAAUGCCAUUCUCGACAACGUCGAAAAAGAUGUUCACCAAGCCGCCCGCAUGGGUCAGGCGCUUCUUGCUCGUCAUGAGUCUUAUAUGGCAGAUGCUGAACGCGACCGAAAUGAACUGACUGCUCGUAUCGAGCAGCUCGAGGGAGACAACAAGGCACUCGAGGCCAUGAAUUCGAAAAUGAUUGCAGAGAACAGGGAUCUUGUGGACCAGCUCGAAGCCCUCAACACGACCAUCACUGAUUCCGAGGCCCAUAUAAAAUCGUUAGAGGCCACCCUGCUGUCGUCUCAGCAGACCAUUCGGCGACUGGAAGCCGAUACUACCCGCGCAGAGGCUCUGGAGCGACAGAUUGCAUCCCUGGAGGAAGAACAGGCUGAGCUACAGGGCACUUUGUGUUUGUCGCGCGAGGAAGCCAGAUCGGCAACAUCGAGAUGGAAGCGAGCAGAGAGGGGUAUCAAUAACCUCCAGGAACAGCUAGAACGCAUAGAGAGAGAGGCAAAAGAAGAACGGGAACAUCAUGUCGAGAUGAUGAACCGGAUCGAAAGACAGCGCGACAUGGAGAAAGAGUUAAAUAUGGCAGCCGGACGGUUAAAGGGUGCUGCUGCUGCCAAGUCAAUCAAUCCCGGAGGGAACAAUGUUGUUGGCCAUUUUGUUCGCGAUUUGCUCCAGGAUAAUGCUAAUUUGCAGUAUGCUAUUGCUGAGCUCCGGGAAUUGCUUCUCACCUCGAACGACGAGAUACAGGCGCUUCGAAAUCAGCUGGAGUGUCACCAACCUCUUGCAGAUGAUGAAGACAGCACAAUGCCGACAUUGAGUGCUGAGCUUGACGUGAAAAAUUCGCAUGCUCAGGAACCAAGGUCGCCAACGAAAGUGUCACAGGAGUUACAUAUUCAUCACCAUUAUCAUGUCUCAACACCCAAACCAGAAGUUAGAAAGGCCAGAAAAAAGCGUCUAGGGCUUACGACUGGUACUGUUCCGUCACCGGCUCUCUGCCAUUCAAACACUCCAACACAUGGGUUGAUGAUGAGGCACUCGUCAGCCCCCCAUUCCCGGAAGAAUUCGAUACGUUCAAACCGUUGGUCAUCAAUCUCUGAACAACCAUCUGAAUUAACGCUUUCGUCCACACCAAGUUCGCCUCGCUCAAAUUACAGAAGCUCCGUGUUUGAUCCACCAGCUGGGUCGUUCCCAGAAUCGCCCACGUCGAGUGUCGACCCGAUGUCCCCGGAUUGGCGACCUGCACAUAGGAAACAGGUCUCUGGCAUGUCUGCGCGAAGUUUCCAAGUGCCGACAUGUUUUCCUUUCGGCCCCGCUCCGCCGACCAUCGCACAUCCUAUCGUAGAAGAGUCGUCGGACGGCACCGAAAUUCCAACAGAGAUAAUAUCAACGAUGGACACCUCGGUUACUGACGACGAGGCUUCUUUGCGAAGCCUUGGCGCAGCUAAUGACGGUUACCCUCCGAGCCCUAGCGAAACAACAGACUCUGACUAUCCACCCAACACAAGAUACCUUCGUCGGACCUUGUCCCACGAGUCCAUUGUAUCACUAUCAGGUGGCCUUGAUAUCCACACGUUACGAUCAAGACCUAGUCAACUUACAAUAGGGCAACUCGGGUCUGCCUCGUCUGUAACAGGAAGCAGCAUUGUCACUGCGCGUCCAAUGUUGUCAGUAAGCGGCAGUAAAAGAAGCAGCGCUCUCUUACGAGACAGUUUUGGGUCGUUUCCCGUGGGUAGUCUGCGAUCUCACUCUUCCGAUGCGUCUUCACAGCAGCAGCAACCGCAACGAGAUGAAUCAUCGAAGCUGGGUAAAUGGGUUGGUUGGCGGCUGUGGGGAGGCAGCGAGAUCAGUGCUAGUACCGACAGCUCACAACGUAGCGUCUCUGCACAACCCGUGAUAGAGAAAGAUGCCGCAAAGACCUCAAGCCGCCCGCCCGGUGUUAACCAACCUGGCUCCAUCCCUGGGUUUUCCGAGUAUCUCGCUGCUUCUGCCAAGAAGAAAGCCCCGGCUAUCAAAACAACACCAGAUGUUGUAGACUCUGAAGCAUUGAGAGAAGGUCUAAGCGAAUAAUGAUGACAGCGGCAAUUACACCGAUAGUACGUAUUACAACAGGCCGAACUCAGAAUACAGCGUUACACACAGUCACAUGUAGCAGGCCCUCUUGUUGGAUAUUGCUUUCCUCUAUUCCCAUCGUACAUUCCUAUCAGGCCUCUUACGGGCCAGCGGGCAUCACAACUGCAAUUUCUAGAAAGAAUUGUUCAACAUGGGUGCCAAUCUGUCUAAGGCCGAAUCUGAGCAUUCUUGCGCAACGGCUAGCACUCUGUGAUAUGCCGAUGCGCGCCCAACUUUGAAGACAGGUUAUUGGAAGAUUUCGAUAUUGAUCACAAGGAGAUCCUUUACAGUUUCCAGGGAGAAGUCAAGCGGCCUGGCAUAUUUGUUCUUGUCAC